GCAAGUAGUGCUAUGUGGUUUCUUCCACGGUCUGGAAGCAGAGAAGGAGCUGCUGCUGCUGCUGCUGCUGCAGGUUCCUUCCCUCCCCUGGUCCACUGGUGCUGCAGGCUGUGAAACUGGUGGCUGCAAUUUUCUGCUGACAAAGGGGAUAGCAAUAAGAGCACUCUGGACAACUGAGAAUAACAAGCAACAUUGAAAGGGAAUAUAAAUCAAGCCAGAAAUCAAAAUAUUUUCCAUUUCCUUCAGAAAACCACACAAUUCUGCUCUCUAGCAGUUGAUAGACAAAAGAGAAAACUAAGAAAAAUGUCAAGCUGGAAUAAGUAGAGCAUAUGGAACUUGAGAAUAUAUUACAUGAAAAGUCAAGGGAGAAUAUUUUUUAUUCCACAAAAGAGGGAAAUAUCUGGUAGUUACUGGGAAGUAAAACAUCAUUUGGCGAGCCAUGUAGGGCAGACAGUGAUGCAGGCUUUGCUCUGGGAGGAAAAAAACGGCUUUAAUCAAAACCUCACUAAAAAGGGAUCACACAUAUUUUGACCUCAAGAAUAUAAGUAAUGGAAAAGCUCCAUAGAUGUGCCUAUUGUGAGAAAAUCAGAUUGCAAAACACAGCUGAUUAUGCAUGAGAAGAUCCACACAGAAUAAAAGCCAUAAAAGUGUUCCCAAUGUGGUAAAUACUUUAGUGAGCAUGGCAACAUGGUGAUACAUCAGAGGACUCACAUCACAUAUGAGUGUCUGGAUUGUAUGAAAAUUUCAUUCGAAAUUCACACCUCAUGAGACAACAGAGGACUCGCAUGGAAGAGAAAUCUUUUGAAUGCCCUAUCUGUGGCAAACGUUUCACUUACAAUUCCAGGCUGGUGAAACACCAGAGGACUCACACAGGAGAGAAACCCUUUGAAUGUUCUGAUUGUGGAAAAAGUUUCAGUCAGAGUUCCCACCUCAUUCCACACCAGAGGACUCACACAGGAGAGAAACCUUUUGUAUGUCCUGAUUGUGGCAAACAUUUCAGUCGGAGUUCAAGCCUGGCGACACACAAAACGACUCACACAGGACAGAAACCCUUUGAAUGUUCUGAUUGUGGGAAAAGUUUCAGUCAGAAUUCAAGCCUGGUGAUUCAUCAGAGGACUCACACAGGAGAGAAACCCUUUGAAUGUCCUGAUUGUGGGAAAGAUUUCAUUAGAAAUUCCCAUCUAGUGAGACACCAGAGCACUCACACAGGAGAGAAACCCUUUGAAUGUCCUGAUUGUGAAAAAUGUUUCAGUCAAAAUUCCAAUCUGGUGAUACACCAGAGGACUCACACAGGAGAGAAACCCUUUAAAUGUCCUGAUUGUGGGAAAAGUUUCAAUAGAAAUUCCCGCCUCAUUAGCCACCAGAGGAUUCACAUAGAAAGGAUAAUCUUUGAAUGUCCUGAUUGUGGGAAAUGUUUCAGUCACAAUUCCAAUCUGGUGUUACACCAGAGGAGUCACACAGGAGAGAAACCCUUUGAAUGUGCUAUCUGUGGGAAACGGUUCAGUCACAAUUCCAACCGGUUGAAACACCAGAGGAUGCACAUAAGAAAGAAAUCAUAUGAAUGUCCUGAUUGUGGAAAAAAUUUCAGUAGCAAUUCUAGACUGCUGACACACCAGAGGACUCACUCCAGGGAAAAAACAUAUCAGUGUCCAGAUUGUGUGAAAAGUUUCCUUUGGAAUUCUGAGCUUGUGAACCACCAGAGGACUCACACAGGAGUGAAACCUUUUGAAUGUCCUGAUUGUGGGAAAAAAUUCAGUCAGAGUUCCAGCCUGGUGAGACACCAGAGGACUCACACAGGAGAGAAACUGUAUGAGUGUCCAGAAUGUGGGAAAGAUUUCAGUACUAGGGCUAGCCUUUUAAAUCAUGUGCUUAUACACACAGGGGAGAAACCAUUUAAGUGCCCCGAGUGUGGACGGUGUUUCAGGAAACAUUCCACCCUUAUCACACACAAGAAAAUCCACACCCAAAGUGAUGAGUGUAGAGAAGAUUUGAAUUUUAUUUCUAAUGUCCCAUUGUAAGUUCAGCUGAAAAAUUGACUCUUUAAUUUGAGUAAAAAGACUUUGCCUGAUUUUUUGUAGUCAAAUAUGUCAUGGUAUUAGACAGGAAGGAGGAAAAAAAUGGGUUAUUACAUAUUAGUUUGAUAAUGGCUACCUGACCAUCAGCAGCAGAAGUUAUUUUUGCAGAAAUGAUGUAAUUUUUAAAAAAUCUUUUUGGGAGUUUUAUUUGCCUUUUUUAUCAUGAUAAAUGAUAGAAAUGCCAGAUGUGGUUCCUCAUAUAAUGAGAAAACGAGAGAAAAAGCAGAAGGGUUUCAAAGUCUUUUCUUAACAGUUCCAGGAAUUCAGGGCACCAAGCAUGUCUAUUCAGAUUUGUCAAGAAUGUGGCACGCAAGUCGAAGAAAAAGUAUGAACAGCACAUAUAUUGGGGGAAUUUGGGGCAGUGACAAAAGCAGUGUAAAAUUUCAGAUGUAAAGGCUGUUCUCCCUUGCGGAGUGACCUUCAUGGAGAAGAGCUAUAGGAAUAUAGAACUGCGAAGAAAGGGGGUUGUGAUUUUGAGCACAAGAUCUCCAGGUUUAUUUGCAACUCCUACUGUGAUCUCCUUUGCUUGGAGGAGCCUCCUCGUUAGCCUUUGAUGGCUGGUGAGUGAGAGCGCACCAAGGGACUGAUACUUUUGUGGUUCCCCCCCACUUGGUGGGGAGAUGUGACAAAAAUAUUGUACAGUAGAUGUUUCAUUUCUAAAACAGCAUUGCGUAAGAAUCACGAAUAGCUUUUGAAAAAGAAAAAAAAAGGAAAGUGUCAGUAGGCUUGUGGAGAAACCAAGAGGCUCUUGGACUGAGUCUCAACUCAAAGUUACUUUGAAUUUAAUGUGCAAAAUUUCUAAACUUUAAAAUAGUAAAAUUAUAUUUAAUAAUUUUUCUUUUUUCUCUUUCCUUGGGGUCAUAAUUUAGUACAUAUAUUCAUCAUGUCUUAUUUUAUUAUGAUUAGGAGUUAGAAAUCCUUGCAAUGAUCCCAAAGCCUGUGAAUCUCUUACAGCGGUAUAUAAAAAUAUUAAAUAAAUAAAGCCAACCCAAGAGUCAGAGGGGAUAGUCUACAGGGCAAAUUCAAAAGCCAUAAAUUCCCAACCAAACAAACAGUCCAUUUCCUCAGGAUCAAAAUUUGAAGGUCAACUUCCUCCAUGCAACAGACCUUAGAGCCAGUAGCUGAAACGGCUACUCUCACCAUCCAUACCUUAUUAAAUCUGCAUUAAAAAUGGCAGUGCAAGAUGUCCCUCUAAAAUGGUUAGCCUAGAGAUCAGUCAGUCAUGUGCUUUGAUAAGGUAUUCUAUUUUUCCUUUUUCUUUCUUUUUAUGUUUUCUGCAAACAUUUCUUCUACCAUAUAUAGACAAUCGCCCCCUCUUUCUUAGUCCCCAUUUUCUAGGCCUGCUGCAUAUUUUUCUCUCUGGAGGGAGAAAAGUAAUGGAGAAUUCCAUGCAAGCAAAUUUACAGAAGCACAUGGCAUUUAGCAUUUAGCAGAUACAAAAUUUACUCUUUCAAGAAUGAAGCUAGCAUGGUGGGUGCUCUUGGAUGCAACCCUGGCCAGUAGGAAUGAAGCUGUGUUAGGGAAUUGUGCAGCCAGUGUCCAAAUGGAGUUAGAAGCACUGACACGAACUUGUAGUUUUAAAUAAAUAAAUAUAGCCAAAUUAUCUUCUGAUGGACAAUAAAUUAGGUAUAUUAUAUUUUCUUUUAGUGCUCCUCUGACUUUAGAAUAUUUUAUGUCAAUAUGUUUGCUUCUGGUUUUUAUUCUCUCACCUGUUGCCAUUUGUAUACAUACCAUGCUCUUUUUAUUAAAAAUUUUUAACAAGUAUUACAGCAUUUUUUCCCAUCCCUCCUCCCCCUCCUCAUUCUGCAAAAUACCAAUUUUCUGAUCUUCUCUCCAUCUAGCUUGCAACUGUACAUAUUGAAAGCAUGUUUGAAUUAUCAAUUCAAAGAUUUUAAUUGUAGUAUACCUGCUGCCUUAUUAAGAAGCUCUUUAUAAGUAAUCACAUCUUGGUUUUGCUCUACACUUAUAUUCUCUAUUGCGUGUCUGGGUAUUGCCCACAUUGGUAACUUAUAGUUUAAUUUAUACUGAUACUUUUUCCAGACACGCAAUAAAGCAUUCCUUAAUAUGUGACUUUUAAAAGCCUUAUCCACUUUCUUAUCAUAUAAUAAAUAAGCAUGCCAACCGUAAACCAAAUCAUAUCCCUCAAUAUUCAAUAUUCUUUCUUCUGUUAAGUUCAUCCAGUCACUAAUUGCUGACAGAGCAGCUGCCUCAUAAUAUAAUCUUAGGUUGGGCAUUUUGAGACCUCCUCUUUCACGUAUAUCCUACAUUAUUUUUUGUUUUAUUCUCUGUCUCUUCCCUGCCCAGACAAAAUUAUUAAUACCCUUCUGCCAUAUCUUCAAAUUCUCAUCUUUUUAAAGUAUUGGUAUCAUUUGAAAAAGAAACAAAAACCUAGGCAAAACAUUCAUUUUUACUGCUGCUAUUCUUCCUAACAAGGAUAAUUGUAAUUUUUCCAGUUUUCCAUCUCUCUCUGUAUUUUUUGCCACAACGGAUCAUAAUUAUGCUUAAAUAGUUUCGCAUUUGAUGUCAUAAUAUCGACCCCUAAAUACUUAACUUUUUUUACAAUUUCAAAUCCUGUUAGUCUUUCUAAUUCAUCUUUUUGAUUUAUAGUCAUAUUUUUAGUUAUCUUUGUUUUCCCUGCAUUUAUUUUAAAUCCAGAUACUUGUCCAUAUUGAUUAAUUAUGUCCAUUAAACCUACAACCGACUGUAAUGAUUGGGUUAAAGUAACAACCAAGUCGUCUGCGAAUGCUCGUAAUCUGUAGUCAUACUGCCUAAUUUUAAUUCCAUUUAUUUUGUCCGACCCACAUAUCUUACUUAACAGAAAUUCCAAGGUCAAGAUAAACAAUAAUGGAGACAGAGGACAUCCUUGUCUCGUUCCUUUUUCUAUGUUAAAAGUAUCUGUUAAACUACCAUUAAUUAUUAUUUGCGCUGUUUGUUUCUGAUAUAUUGCAUUAAUAGAUUGUGUAAAAUAUUC